CCCCGCCCCGGCCGAGCGGCGGGAUGGGGCCCGACAUGGAGGCGCUGCUGCGGGCCUGGAGCUGCUUCAGGCGGAGGAAAUUCCGGCAGUGUUCCGAGCUCUGCUCGCGGCUGCUGGAGGCGGCGCCCGGCGAGCAGGAGCCUGAUACUGGAUACUCCGUGUUUGAGGCUGCCUGGAGCCUGAAAAUGCGAGCUUUGACAGAAAUGGUGUAUGUGGAUGAAAUCGAUAUGGAUCAAGAAGGAAUUGCAGAGAUGAUGCUAGAUGAAAACGCCAUUGCUCAAGUCGCACGACCAGGAACAUCUUUGAAAGUCCCUGGAACUAGCCAAGAUGCAGGCCCCAGCCCAGCUGUUAGGCCAGUAACUCAGUCAGGAAGACCUAUUACAGGAUUCGUGAGACCCAGUACACAAAGUGGACGGCCAAGUACUAUGGAACAGGCUAUAAAAACACCUCGAACAGCUCUCACAGCUCGUCCAGUUACUAGUGCUUCUGGGAGAUCUGUCAGGAUAGGAACGGCUUCAAUGAUAACAAAUCCAGAUGGCCCUUUCAUAAAUCUGUCUCGACUGAAUUUAGCAAAAUAUGCUGAAAAACCCAAACUGGCAAAGGCAUUGUUCGAAUAUAUUUUUCACCAUGAAAAUGAAAUAAAAAUUGCUCUAGAUUUGGCAGCCCUUGCCACUGAGCAUGCACAAUUCAAGGACUGGUGGUGGAAAGUCCAAAUUGGGAAGUGCUGCUAUAGGUUAGGAUUAUAUCGUGAAGCUGAAAAACAAUUCAAGUCUGCUCUCAAGCAACAGGACAUGGUUGAUACAAUCUUGUAUUUGGCAAAAGUGUAUAUGCGCUUGGACCAGCCUGUAACAGCAUUAAACCUUUUUAAGCAAGGAUUAGAACGAUUUCCUGGAGAAGUGACUCUUCUUUGUGGAAUUGCCAGAAUCUACGAGGAAAUGAACAAUAUUUCCUCAGCUACAGAGUACUAUAAAGAAGUCUUAAAACAAGACAAUACUCACGUGGAAGCUAUUGCAUGCAUUGGCAGCAACCGUUUUUAUUCAGACCAGCCUGAGAUAGCUCUGCGGUUUUACAGGCGGCUCCUGCAGAUGGGUGUCUAUAACUGCCAGCUUUUUAACAAUCUGGGCCUCUGUUGCUUCUAUGCCCAGCAAUAUGAUAUGACACUAACUUCAUUUGAACGUGCACUGUUUUUGGCUGAAAAUGAGGAAGAGACGGCAGAUGUGUGGUACAACUUGGGACACGUGGCUGUGGGGAUAGGAGACUUGAAUCUGGCUUACCAGUGUUUCAAGCUGACAUUAGUCAACAAUAACGACUAUGCGGAAGCUUACAAUAACUUGGCUGUACUGGAAAUGCAAAAAGGUCACAUCGAGCAGGCAAGAGCUUUGUUGCAGACUGCUUCAUAUUUAGCACCUCAUAUGUAUGAGCCCCAUUUUAAUUUUGCAAUACUCUCAGAGAAGGUUGGAGAUCUUCAGAGGAGUUACACAGCUGCUCAAAAGUCAGCGGAAGCAUUCCCAGGCCAUGUUGAUACACAACAGCUCAUCAAAAGAUUAAAAGAGCGCUUUGCUAUGCUCUGAUGACAUAUUUUUAACAUGUAAAAAUAAAUUAAAGUUAGCCAGAGUUAAUGUCCCCUGCAUUUUAUUGUAAGUAGAUAAACUAUACUUCAUCAAUUCCUGUUGCAAAACCUAUGCUACUUAGAGUAGCAGAAAAGGUUCAAGAGUCCUAAUUAGCGUGUGUCAUCUUAAAACUCAUGACUUAUCAAAAGGAAGCUAGAACGUGUUGCAACUACAUACAACUGAGAAUACAAGAGUGGCAGGAUAUUGCCAAUAUGCAACUUUCAAAUGCUUGUCUGAUAUAUUAACAAGUAAGUCCUAAUUUAAGAUUAAUGAGGAUUUUAAAAGAUUUUUUUCUGACUUUCCUGCAGAAAAAAAAAGUUUUAAAAUAUUCCUGUGUGACAAUCUGUCAAACAACACAGACUAAGAAUAUUUCCUAACUGGUCUUCAAACAUGCUUUUGAUAAUAUACUUUCUUACAGAAUGUUAAGUUUUAAAAUUAAAGUAACCAAAAAUGCAUCUAAAAACACAGAUGCAAAACAGAAGUUCUUAUAUUCCUUGUUGUACUUUACGAAUGAAAUAAAUUCCAGUUUGUAUGGUUUGUCAUGUUUACUUACAUAAAUUAAAAUUGCAACCUUUUUGCCUUGAAAAUAAGAGUCAGAGGCCAUAAAGUAUUUUGAAAGACUCAGCAGAAGUGGUACUAAAUAGCAGAAAUACAUGCACUCCUUUUUACUGAGAGAGCUUAAUCUUCAUUUCACUGAGGGAAGAGGAUAUGUCAGUAAGAAGCUUGCAGAGUUAACUACUAAUGACUGAGAAUGAAACGGUGACUGGGUGGUUACCUGUGCUGCCAGGUAAGCACUGUUGCUAAAUAAUUGUUCGGAUCAUCCUAACUACAUGAAUGCUGCUAAUAACAAGCAAAGACUUUGUCGCUUAUCUUUGUGUUGUAACUAAAAGUGAUAAAUUGGCAUGAUUUCCCAACUUGACCUUUAAGAAAUGUGGGAUGUUAAGGCAUUCUAACAUCCUUUAAAAAUCUUCAUGCUUAUGGAUUGUAUUGGCUUAGGGAGCAACCCUAAACACACAUGAAUAUUAUAUCUUCCUUUUUGCUAUUCAUUAUUUCCAAACCCUUGUAUUUGUCUGGUUGUUGUAGCUGAUGAAGGUACGUGCUGGGGAUCUUAGGGAAGUCAGAAAGCGGUCUGGAGAUGAUGGUUAGCAACACAGUAACAAACUGGUGUCACAACGUGUUGUGAAAUGCAAAAGCAUUAUCUGUUGAAUAGAUGCAGCAUCUUUAGUGGAAAUCUCCUUUUUUCCACACUGAACUUUAUAUUGUAAAAAUUUUAUCACAAGCUAAUGAUGACAGAACCUUAGUUAUCAGUCAUUUUCAUUACCUAAAUUAGAUUUUACUUUCUGCUAGAGAGGAAGAAUUAAAAAGGAACUUCUGUCCUUUGAUCUACUACACUUACAUCGUUUCAGUUGACAGUGCUAAACUUACUAAGCUAUCAGAAAAAAAAUGUUUGUCUUAGCAGUUUAAACACAACUGUUGAGAAUUUUUGAGUGUCAUAUUAUUAAUUCAAAGUAUUUUUAAAGUUGCAUAGUAAAUAAAAUUCUUUCUACAUGGGCUGAAACUGAAACUUUUAAUAGAAAUAAAGUUUUUAAUCCAUUGU